AUGGCAGAUGCGUACAACCACCAUGUGGAAGCUUUUAGAGAAACUGAGUAUCCUAUGCUUAAGGACUCGGUUUACCUCGACCAUGCCGGGACCACUCUUUAUUCGAAGUCCUUGAUGGAGAAAUACAUGUCAGACAUGAUGUCCAACUUGUAUGGCAAUCCUCACUCAGCUUCUGCCUCCUCCCAACUAUCGACCACUCGAAUCGAAGACAUUCGCCUGAAGGUCUUGCGCUUUUUCAACGCGGACCCAGAAGAGUUCGACCUUGUCUUCGUCGCCAAUGCCACGGCUGGAAUAAAACUGGUCAUCGAAGCCUUCCGAGAGUGCGAAGGAGGCUUCAACUAUGGCUACCAUGUAGACGCGCACACAAGUCUUGUUGGGGCUCGAGAGCUUGCCAAAGCAAGUCGGUGUAUGGAUGAUGAGGAUGUAGAGAAUUGGCUUGCAGGAUCGGAAUUCCUUGCGUACCAAACUGCAGACUCGAGGGUCAACCUCUUCGCGUAUCCUGCCCAGUCGAACAUGGAUGGGCGCCGCCUACCUCUUUCGUGGACCAAAAGAGCUCAAUAUGGCCCAUUGAACACUUCAACAUAUACCCUCUUAGAUGCAUCUUCGUUAGUCUCCACGGCUCAGUUAGAUUUGAGUAAUGCAAGUAUGGCCCCAGACUUCACGGUCCUGAGCUUCUACAAAAUAUUUGGCUUCCCGGAUCUUGGUGCCUUGAUCGUCCGAAAGGAAUCCGGUGCUAUAUUGACGGGACGGAAAUACUUUGGUGGUGGAACUGUGGAUGUUGUACUAUGCAAUAAGGAACAAUGGCACGUUCCCAAAUGCGAAUCUCUUCACGAGAGUCUCGAAGAUGGUUCCCUACCAUUCCACAACAUCAUGGCAUUGGAUGCUGCGAUUGACACCCAUGAGAAACUGUACGGAUCAAUGGAGCAGAUCUCUCGGCACACAGCUUUUCUGGCCCACAAGCUAUACGACGGUUUAUCUUCGCUACGGCAUUUGAACUCGAAUCCUGUUUGCACAAUCUAUUCCAAGGGUUUUGCUUCGAAGUCAUUCGCCAGCAUGCAAGGUCCUAUCAUUGCGUUCAACCUGGUGAAUGGUAACGGGGCCUGGGUCAGCAAUACCGAGUUUGAAAAACUUGCUGCUGUUCGGAAGUUCCACAUCAGAAGUGGCGGACUUUGCAAUCCGGGAGGUAUUGCUGCUUGUCUCAACCUUGAACCGUGGGAGAUGCGAAAGAACUUCUCUGCUGGUUUCAAGUGCGGAGCCGAGACAGACAUCUACUCUGGUAAAAUUACUGGUGUGAUCCGGGCUAGUGUUGGAGCAAUGAGCACUUUGAAAGACGUUGAAUCCUUCCUAUCAUUCGUGGAGGAGUUUUACGUCGAGAGGACUGUCCCUGCAGCCGCUCCAGAUUCUCCAUCACGCCUGCGGUCGAAGAGGCUAUUUGUAGAAAGCUUGACCAUCUACCCGAUUAAGAGCUGCGCUGGCUUAUCUAUCCCAGUCAACACUGACUGGGAAGUACGCCCGGAAGGACUCGCAUGGGACAGAGAAUGGUGUCUUGUCCACCAAGGUACCGGACAAGCAUUGAGUCAAAAACGGCAUCCGAAAAUGGCUUUGAUACGCCCAGUUAUUAACUUCCGGGAGGGCGUUUUAGACAUCCGAUAUCAAGGCUCUACAGAAAAUAUCACGGUGCCCUUGUCCUCUGAUCCGAAGUUCUUCGGAUCGGCUGGUAGUGCGCAACCUUCCCGAGUCUGUGGCGAUGCCAUAGUUGCUCACACAUAUUCAAAACACGAAGUCAACGAAUUUUUCACGAGAAUCCUGGGUGUCUCCUGUGCGCUCGCCCGAUUUCCAGCUGGAGGAUCAGGCCUGAAAUCCAGGCAUGCGAAGGCACACAUGCAGAUAUAUCAGAAGCCGAGGCUGAUUUCUUCUCCACUUCACCCAGCAGGAGUCGGACCUCUCCCAACUCCCCCAGACUCAGACACCGAAGUCCAGAAGAGGCCAAUCCUUCUCUCAAACGAGAGUCCAAUUUUGGCAAUCAACAGAGCAAGUCUCGAUGCACUGAAUGAGGAAAUUACCAAAGCUGGCGGGAAGCUUGCCUCUCCCUCGGUUUUCCGAGCCAACAUUGUGAUGUCGCCUUUGGAAUCUGGUACCAAAGAGCCAUACAGCGAAGAUCAUUGGACUACUUUGCACAUCGGGCCACAGAGGUUCCAGGUGCUGGGCUCGUGCCGGCGGUGCCAUAUGAUUUGCGUAGACCAAGAUACUGCGCAGAAAAACGAGGAACCAUUCGUUACUCUAGCAAAGACACGCAGGUUCGAGUCUAAGAUAUUUUUUGGGUCUCACAUGUGUCAUGUUCCGUCGAAAACCCUCACGAAAGAGAGCCAGUAUCCCACGAUACGAGUCGGCGAUGUUGUGACAAUAGGUGCUGAGAGUUGA